GUCCAACCAGACUCCACUCGGAUCCCCUAAUUCGACUCUCUCCUCCACUGCGACGCUGCCUUCCGAUUAGUCACCAAGGUCAAAGAACUCCUCUCCAAACAGCCCGAGCAAGUCCUCCGUCCCGAUGAUGCCGGCAAGCUCUUCCGUGAGCUUGGGUUUCCUCGCGGUAGCAUGGUGUCCCGGUUCAUCGCCCGCCAUCCGUUGCUCUUCACCAUUUACCACUACUUGGACGGGAAAAUGUGGGUCGGAUUAUUAGGCAAAGAGAGAUUGAUUAUGGAUGCCAUGGAGGCGGAUAGGGUGACCAAAGUUCGCAAAUUGCUCAUGAUGUCGAAAGAUAAGCGGAUUCCAUUGAGGGAAGAAGGCAUUCAAGAUUUGGGAUUGGAAGAGGGUGAUAUGAGAAGGCUUAACUUGUUGAACACCUUGCCAUUGAUUUCCCCUUAUUCAAAUGGGUUGAGAUUGGAUUUAUGGAGUUUGGAAGCAGAGAAAUACAGGGUUGGGGUUACACAUGAGUUCUUGAGCUUGCCAUUGGAGAAGAGGGCUUUGAUACACCAUAUUGUGGAGUUCAAGCAGGAGUUCAGCUUGACCAGGCAGAUCUACCAUAUGCUUAAGAAGCAGCCCAAGACGUUUUAUUUGGCUGGUAUAGAGAUGAACUGGGCAGUUUUCUCGAUGGAUGCAUAUGGUGAGAAUGGGGAUUUGGUUAAUAAGGUUCGACAAGUUAUGUUUAAUGAAAAGUUGUAUUAGUAUGCUCUAAUGCAAGAAGGGAGAGAGGCAUUAUCUGUGACAUAUAAUGUGGAGUGAGUUACUGAUGGCUGAUGAUGAGAGAGUUAGAAAUGACUAGAAGUAUCCUAAAUGUGCUGUCGGUGGUGAAUUAGGCUCCAGAAGGUUGCUUUUGAUCAAGACGAGCAUUUGAUUCUAAG